UAACAUCGAUGAAUGGAUGCGUGUUCCACCGUUCAGAAUUCCUCGCUAAAAGCAAGAGUGUGUCGCAUUCGCCUAUUCCGGAUGAACGUGGGUCUCUGUGAGCUAUGAGAAAGUGAGAAGAUCCUCGGCCAAGGUGAUUUCCUAUCAAUCUGUGUCGCGGCGCAAUUGUUUCGUGCGGGCCAAUGACAUAACCGUGGCACAAUAUCGCAUGGGCUGGGGCGCGAAACAAUUUAAAACCCCGCGCGCGUCGUUCAACGAGCACCGAGGUACUACCGAAAUAAAAUCGCCUCGGUACUUUCAUUACCAAAAGUCUGCAGUCAGCGGUGGUACCUAUCGGUAACGCGAAGUUAUGUCUUUAACGAGGUUUUCACGCAUCGCCAUGGUACCAGUAGUCGCGGUAGUACUUCUGCUCGGUGGUACUUUCGGUAGCACCGUGAAAUCUUCGCGGAGCGGUGGAUAUCCCAAGUUUCCGACGGCUACCUGUGGCGCCAGGGCGGUUUCCUGGAUGCCCGAGAGGGAGCCGAGGGUGGUCGGGGGUGAGGUACCACCCUACGGUGCGGUACCGUGGCAGGUCGAACUUAGAAGAGGUGAUCAGCAUCAGUGCGGGGGCGCGCUUAUAUCUAAUCGUUUGGUUCUGACAGCCGCUCAUUGUUACGAGGAUGGUUUGACUGCUGUUGGUGGUGCCCAUGGUCCUGCUGGUACUUCGCCGUUCGAACAGUUAGUGCCGGUUGAGAGGGGGAUUUUGCACCCCAAUUUCAGGCAGUUAGGUCCUUACAGUCACGACAUAGCGGUUUUACUAUUGUCUAAACCAGGGAUGAACAUCAACCUAGCCGUAACACCUGCCUGUUUCUCACACCAUUCACCACCUCCAGGGACGUGGUGCGAGGUGUCCGGAUGGGGUGCAAGCGACCCCAAGACACCCGACCAACUCUCCCCCGUUCUUCGUUCCGCCGCUGUGCCCCUUCUAUCUUUGGAAACGUGUCGCAAAGACGGGAUUUAUGGGGGUCGUCAGCAACCGAUUCUCGAUUCUAUGCUAUGCGCGGGACACCUUAGGGGAGGCAUAGACGCUUGUGGGGGUGAUUCUGGAGGACCGUUAGUUUGCGAACGGUACGGCAGAUACGAACUUAUAGGCAUCGUAUCCUGGGGUGAUGGAUGCGCGAAGAAAGAUAGACCUGGGGUGUACACGAGGGUGGCUAGUUUCGCGCCUUGGAUCAAGAGCUGCGCACAGAAGUUUGGGGUGGACCUCCAACUAUAGAAGAAACGAAGAAAGGUUCUAUGCGAGGUGCAGAGAGAAAUCGCAUUUUACCCAUAGACAAUCACUAAGUUCAACAUCUUGGACUGUGAUCAAAAACUGAAGAAUUCGAGUGUUUUAUAAAGCGUAACUAUAAUAUAAGAAACAA